CUUUACCUAAAACUAAGGCAACAGAAACGUGUCCACAUUGUAUUGGUUAUUGCUUGACCGCCUUUUUACCUCUCUCAUGACUUGGUCGGCUUCAUCCUGUAUAAAUCAAACCUUUGAGACCUCAACUCCUUCACAAAUUAAAAGUUUCGAAAUUCGAUAAUCAUAAUCAAAUUCUAUCUCAAUCUCAAGCUUCGAUCAAGAUGCAGAUCUUCGUGAAAACUCUCACCGGGAAGACCAUCACCCUCGAGGUGGAAAGCUCUGACACCAUCGACAACGUUAAAGCAAAGAUCCAGGACAAGGAAGGCAUUCCUCCGGAUCAGCAGAGGCUUAUCUUUGCUGGAAAGCAGUUGGAAGACGGGAGAACCUUGGCUGACUACAACAUCCAGAAGGAGUCUACGCUUCACUUGGUCCUCAGGCUUCGUGGUGGUAUGCAGAUCUUCGUCAAGACCCUUACCGGAAAGACGAUCACUUUGGAGGUGGAGAGCUCUGACACCAUCGAUAACGUUAAGGCCAAGAUCCAGGAUAAGGAGGGAAUCCCACCGGACCAGCAGAGGUUGAUCUUUGCCGGCAAGCAGUUGGAGGAUGGCAGGACCUUGGCCGACUACAACAUUCAGAAAGAGUCGACCCUUCACCUGGUCUUGCGUCUACGUGGAGGCAUGCAAAUCUUCGUGAAGACUUUAACAGGAAAGACGAUCACUCUAGAGGUGGAGAGUUCCGACACCAUUGACAACGUGAAAGCCAAAAUCCAGGACAAAGAGGGUAUUCCUCCGGACCAGCAGCGUCUCAUCUUCGCUGGCAAACAGCUUGAGGAUGGUCGUACUUUGGCUGACUAUAACAUCCAGAAAGAAUCAACUCUUCACUUGGUGCUCAGGCUCCGUGGUGGUAUGCAGAUUUUCGUUAAGACCUUGACCGGCAAGACCAUCACACUUGAGGUGGAGAGCUCCGACACCAUUGACAACGUGAAGGCCAAGAUCCAAGACAAGGAAGGUAUUCCUCCAGACCAGCAGCGUCUCAUCUUCGCCGGAAAGCAGCUCGAGGAUGGUCGCACCUUGGCAGACUACAACAUCCAGAAGGAGUCCACCCUUCACUUGGUCCUCCGUCUCCGUGGAGGUUUCUAAAACUCUUGUCCUUUGUUGGUUCAAAAGUCAGUGUCUGCGUUUCUUUUAAAUACUUCUUAUGGUUUAUGUUUUGGGGUCUUAUAAAGCCCCUUAUGAAUAAUUGAUGAACUCGCUUUGCGUCCUUGUUUUUCUCUUCCGUUAUGAACCAAAUCAGAUUUCUCUAUUGUGAAAUAUAUUAUAAUAUAGUCGUUGCUCUUUAUGUUUCCCUA